GUUUGACCUUGCCAUUCGUGCGUGUCACUAAGGAAGAGGAUUAGCAUUCACUUUGAGCUAAUGCCUUCUCGUUCUAAAACAACGUUCUCGUUAACCUGGACAUAAAAGUGAAUCCACACUGAGUUCGUGAGCCAUCUAUAGGGAGAACCGCAACUACUCUAAUCAGGUCCUGGCAGGGCAUGGAUUUUCAAAAUUUGAGUUACUAGAACGACGCCUACUGUACAUACAACGACAGAAAAAAAGGGAGCGAGAGAAAAUGAGGGAGAGAUAAGGCUAAUCGAGCUAUAAUUUUUUUUUUUCCUGUGAGAAGAAAGAUAUCCCAGCCACUUGUGAAAAUGGAUCCCAGGGAGCUCCAAGAGCGCUAUCAACACUAUUCUGUGGCCUUUGCCAUUCAACUGACCAACGCCACGGAUCUAGAAUUGAAUCACAUCGGGACCGACAUCCAAUACGGACAGGUUGAUUUGGUGGAUCCCAACCGCCCCGCGACUCUCAGCACCGGUAACAACGGUAACAACAACCACAAUGACGGCAACUCGGGCCCCAUGAACUCAAAUGAUCUGGAGCUCCAAGAAUGCCCCCUGAAUGGUCAGAAGAUUGCUUCACGCACGAAAACCGUGAUCAUUGGGCGGAACACCUCUUUUCGAAUUCCUACCGGCUCAUCAGGUGUUCAUGUGUGGCGAAUUGGACACACGCACUACUACUUGAUCGUGGGCUGGAGUGGGCCCAGAAACUUCUACACUCACAGCAACACACUCAUGCUUGGAAUCACCAACGGGAAACCCGUUCAAUUAGAAGACAAGGGCCUGGCUGGCUUGUUCAACCAUCUGUACCAGUUUCCAGAGGACCAAUUGUCCAGUGCGGGAUGGUUCACACGCGUGACUUGCCAUUACAAUCAAGGCACACAAGAGGGACAGCUCACAACCAACAAGUUCUUACUCGGGGCUCAAGUGGAACAGGAGCACAAAUCUUGGAACACGGUGUGCCUGAGAGUGGCCGACGAGCAUGUACCCAGAGACCAGUUCCAGGCCUGGUUUGCUACCCAAAAAGCCGGGGUCAAGCUUUUGGCCCACCGUCGAUCCAACUUGAGUGCCAUCAACCCGACCGAGGAAGAGCAAAACCACCUGGCUUUGGUCAUUGAGUUUCGCCAUAAGAAAACCCAACGGGACGAUUCGGUGUGGUUAUGCGAGUUGAGUGGCACGCCUCAAUCCAAGCGCGACAUUCGGCUCUCGGACGUUUCGCGGGUCAACUGCGAGCUCGUGUCCAAGGGUGACCUCACCCAAACCCGGAGACCUCUCCACCUUCGCGUCUACAAUCUGGGUGAAAUCCAAACCAACGUCCCGGACAUUCAAUACCACUGUCAACGCAUCGAGUCCAACCGGGCCCUCGGAUUAAACGAGCGUUGUCGGGAUUGGAUCAUGGAACUGGCGGCUCGACUCAACAUGCCCAAUCGAGAGGUCAUCCCGCAAGCCUUGGAGAUCCCGGUGGAGGGUCACAUGAGUGACGAGAUGGGCGUGAACAUCCUGGGGGCCAAUGGACCCAUUGACUCGAUGCCCAUGCCCGCCAAUGCUAUGGAUUCGCUUCGAUUCCUCAGUCCUUCUAGCCUUCUCCAACACGAGAAACUGAAGAGCCUGAGUUCGCAUCUCUAGUGAUACCUACGUAUAUCAGGAUUGUCCGACUACCUCCACCGGGAAUGGAGAGAGACAGUUGGAAUGACAAUAAAUACACUUACUUUUGGUA